AUUCAUUCAUGCCACAAAGUCCACUCUGAAGCAUCGAUCGCUGCGCCCAACCCUAAUAUGAGAAUUUCCAUCAUUUCGGUGGCUAUUACCGCAUGUUGCCUGUUUUUAGUAGGAUGUGGCAUCUUACUCUACAACAACACGCGGGUCCCACCGGAAGCUAUGGACCGACAUGCCUACUGCGCUGACUGCAUUAACUAUGCAAGCCGUGUGGAUGACAUGAUCCGUCGUAGCAAUAACGUUCGGGGAAAUAAGCAGUUCUUCAAAUACGCUUCGGACGUAUCGUGUCGGGGCCAACUGCUAACUAGCAAGCGGUGUCUACGGUAUCGCCGGGCAUUCCUCGACAACCCGGAUAGGUUCAUGUUCGAUAUUGAAGUCCCAUCUCAGGCUUGUAUUGCUAUCAAGGCUUGCUAGGAGGUUUCGUACCUUCUUUCGCCGUUUCUUUUCUUCCUCUUGGGUCACGCUUUUGGGUUGAGGCUGUGUUGGCCAAUCUGUCCCUCCAUU